AGCAGUUGUCUGUGAGAGUCGCAUAAUAAUGACGUCACACGAACGGAGUUCGGACACUCCCCUUUGCAGAAAGACCGACGAAUUUACCCCGACGAGUUUUAAUGAUUAAAAAAUGGCCUUUUUAACUUUUAUUUUCACCCUGGCCUGGCAUGCGUUCGGUUUAUUCAUUGUUGUGCUGUUUUUCGCGUUCCUCUGCUACUGCGUCUACGUCAAGUAUAUACACCUGAAGUACGACCACAUACCUGGACCUCCGAGGGAAAGUUGGCUCUUCGGACAUUCCCCUAUUUUUCAGAGGACAAUGAAAAACGACGGUCUUGUGCACGACGUUUUCCUGGAAUGGGCCGAGCGUUAUGGAGCAGUGUACAAGCUCAACCUGCUGCAUCACGUCCUCGUCUUCGUUAUCUGCCCCGAAACGGUCAAGGAAGUCUUGAUGUCCUCCAAGUAUCCCAAAGACCUAUUCCUCCACACACGCCUCUUCAGCAUGUUUGGUCAAAGGUUCUUGGGCAAUGGCCUGGCAACAGCAAGGAACCAUGAUCAGUGGUAUAAACAACGGAGGAUCAUUGACCCUGCCUUCAGCAGCCUGUACUUGAGGAGUCUGACGGGCACGUUCAACGAGCGAGCCGAGAGGCUGAUGACCAAACUGGCCGACAUCGCUGACAAAAAGUCGGAGGCCCGCAUGCUGGAGUUGGUCAACCGAGUCACCUUGGAUGUCAUCAUCAAGGUGGCGUUUGGCAUGGAUUUGGAGCUGCUGGAGGACACCUCAUUGCCUUUCCCCAAAGCCAUCGAGACCUGCCUCCAAGGGAUGAUCUUAAACACGCGUAACGUCUUUUUUCGGUUGCACCCCAAAAACUGGGCCUUUGUGGAGGAAGUGCGCGCCGCGUGCAAGCUGCUGCGCUCCACCGGCACAGAAUGGAUCCAAAAUAGGAAGCUCGCCCUCCAAAGCGGGGCCGACGUGCCCAAAGACAUCCUCACGCAGAUCAUCAAAUCGGCCGGAAAAGAGGAAAACAUGACCAAAGAAGACGAAGAGUUCAUGCUGGACAAUUUUGUCACCUUCUUCAUCGCCGGACAGGAAACCACGGCUAACCAGCUCGCGUUUUGCAUCAUGGAGCUCGCCAGGCAUCCUCACGUCAUGGAAAAAGCUCAGAAGGAGGUGGACGACGUCAUCGGGAUGAAGCGGGAAAUUAGCUACGACGAUCUCGGGAAACUGGUUUACCUCUCACAGGUUCUUAAAGAGACGUUAAGGAUAUACCCGACAGCUCCAGGAACGUCCCGUGAGCUCGUUGAGGACAUCGUCGUCGACGGCAUCCGCGUUCCGGCCGGAGCCACCUGUAUCUUUAGCUCAUAUGUGUCCAGCAGAAUGGAAAGGUUCUUCAAGAAUCCGCUGGAAUUUAACCCGGAUCGCUUUCAUCCAGACUCUCCCAAGCCUUAUUACUGCUACUACCCUUUUUCUCUCGGCCCGCGAUCCUGCCUGGGACAGAACUUUGCUCAGAUGGAAGCCAAAGUGGUGAUGGCUAAGUUGCUGCAGAGGUUCGAUUUCGCCCUGAUGCCGGGGCAGAGCUUUGACAUCCGCGACCUGGGCACGCUGCGCCCCAAGGGCGGCGUAAUAUGCACCGUCACGCAUAGGAAGCACUACUGCCAAUGAGUGUCCAAACUGUCGGCAUCACACCAAAACAACUUUCAAAGUUGUUCUUCAAUCCAAGCCAGUAAACCAAGAGAAUUAUUAGCUACGCCAAAUCAAUCAAUAUAGUACUUACUUUGAAAUUUUUGUUGAGCUGCAUUAUCAGAUGCCGCAGAAUCAGAAACUCAAUGCUAAAAAAAAAAGCAUUUUAUCGUUAA